AUGGAGGCGGAGGAGGUGGUGGAGGUGGUGGGGGCGGCCAUGGUGGUGGCGAUGAAGGUCAUGGCGGUGGUGGUGGAGGCGGAGGAGGUGGAGGAGGGGGAAAGGAUCCCAAAUUAUGAUAGCAAGAAGGAUGGUAAAGAUGGUGGUGGAGGAGGAGGUGGUGGUGGUGGUAGUGAAGGACAUGAAGAAGGUGGACAUAGAAGAGAUGGAAGUGGAGGAAGACAUGGAGGAGGCAGUGGUGGAGGAGGAGGUGGAGGACAUGGUGGUCACGGAGGAGGAGGAGGAGGUGGUGGUGGUGGACAUGGUGGUCAUGGAGGAGGAGGAGGAGGAGGUGGUGGCGGACAUGGUAGUCAUGGAGGAGGAAGUCAUGGAGGUGAUGGUGGUCAUGGUGGUGGUGGCGGUGGCGGAGGAGGUGGCGAUCGUGGUUGCCAUUGA